UGCAAACCUAGCGACGCCUUGACGACAGAUGUUUUACUGUGCUUUGAUGAAAUUUAAAAGCAAUGGAUAACUUUAUUGAUCGCAUCCAAACUUUGAUCAAUGCAUUUCGAAUGAAAUAUCGGUUGUGUGUCAUCUGCCGCAAUGUGGUGUUCAAUAAAUAUUACCUGGCUUCCCGGCAUGUGAUGGAAAAACACAGUCACUUCAUGUACCAGUGUUUGCGCUGUAGGAAGUUAUUUACAAGGCGGUCCUACAAUCACAAUCAGUUUUCCAACUUACAAAUGCAGGACCUGGUCUUGAUGGACCCAGAUGGCGAGCGGGACGGUGCCGCCGAUAAUUUUUUCCAGUGGAAGAAGGAAAAACUUCCACAUCUGGUUCAAAGGGUUGAGGCUGGAUAUUUACGCUAUUUACGUUUACUUCAAAAAGAGUACGGUCCGACAUCAGUAGGUAAUGAUGAUGAAAGUGUCAAAACGGAUGACACCAAUAACUUUAUACUAGAUAAAGAAAUCAAAAUUAUGGUGAAUAAUCCAAUAUAACCAGUAGACAGUCCAAAAAGAAAGUUAUUUUGAAAUCCCUUGAGUUAGAGGAUAUAAGUGAGGAAGAGCUAGGCUUUGUAGAUGAAGUAGAAACACAAAUGAGAGACGACAGUCAAACAAUUGCACCUAAGAAGAAAAGAACAAAUAAACAAAGAAUAAUAGAAACGAGUUCUUCUUCAGAGAGCGAUUCUUUGGACUCUUCAUCCGAAGAGAGCAGCUCUUCAAGCUCUUCAACCUUGUCAAGCUUGUCGUCGGUCAGUGUGGCAGUCGCAGAGAAGAGAAAACGAACUUGGACCAAGUUCAGAGGCAAGAGUGGAAGUUCAUCGGACAGCGACAGCGACGAUUCGAUAGUAAAUACAAGGUUGAAAAGGAAAAAGAACACGUCAAAGGUCAAAGAUGAUAAGAAAAAGAAUAGUGUUAUAAAUGAAAAGAAACAGAAAAGUGAAACAAGUGUAGAUAGUAAACAGACAAAGAAAAGACAAAUUGAUGAAAAACAUAGUGAAAAUGAAAACUGUAAAACAAGCAAAAAGAGUAAGCACGACGAAGAGAAGGAGAAUACACAGAAUAGUCUGACUAGUGAAAGUGUUAAUGAAAAGAAGAAGCAAAGUGAAACAAGUGAAAAGAAAAAGAAUGGUGAGGUAAGUAAAAAGAGACGGACAAGUGUUGCAAGUGAAGUAGAAAGUGAAAAGAAAAGUGAAAUUAGUGAAAACGAAAUUGAAAAGACUAAGAAAACAAAUAAGUGUAAAAGAUAAUGAAAAGAAGCAAAGUGAAUCAAGUGAAAAGAAAAAGAAUGGUGAGGUAACUAAAAGAGAAAGACAAGUGUUGCAAGUGAAGUAGAAAGUGAAAAGAAAAAGAAAAGUGAAAUUAGUGAAAACAAAAUUGAAAAGACAAAGAAACAAAUAAGUAAAAUGAAAAGAAGCAAAGUGAAACAAGUGAAAAGAAAAAGAAUGGCGAAGUAAGUGUUAAGAAACAGACAAGUGAAACCAAUGAAGAAAGUACAAAGGUAAAGAAAAGAGAAAUAAGGGAAAAAGAAAGUGCAAAUAAAAAGUCUGAAACACUCAAAGGGAGAAAGAAUGACGAAGUUAGCGAACUGAAACAGAACAGUCAAACAAAAGAAAAUAGUGGUGGAAAGAAACAUAGUGACAUAAGUGAAAAGGAAAUGAAUGGUGAAGGAAAUGAAAAGAAAAGUCAAACACAAGGAAAAGGUAGUGAACAGAAGAAUAGUGGGAAAAAUAAACAGGGACAGAGAAGUAAAACAAAAGAUACCAAAAGUGACAAGAAAGAAUAUAAUCAGACUUGUGAAAAGCAAACUGAAAAUACCAAGGAAAGAGAAAUUAGUGAGAAACCAAGUGAAAAGAAAAAUGGUGAAUCCAGCGAAGGAGAAAGUGAAAGAAUGAACAUAAAUGAGACUAGAGAAAAGGAAAGUAAUAGUGAAAAAAGUGAAAACAAAUUAGAGGGUCAAACAAAUGAAAAUAAAAAUAGAGAAGUCAGUGAAAAGAAAAAUGGUGAAUCUAGUGAAAAAGAAAGUGAGAAGGUAAACAAUAAUGACAUGUGAAAAGGAAAAUAAUAGUGAAAUUAGUACAAAAAGUCAUAAAAAUGAAAAUGAGAACAAGCAGAGAAAUCAAACCAGUGUAGUAGAAAGUGAAAAGAAAAUUUGUGAAGGAAGUGAAAAGGUGAAUAAUAGUGGAAAAAGUGAAACGAAGGGGAUAAGUGAUAAAGAAUGUAAACACAAAAUGAAUAGUGAAACAAGUAAGGGAGAAAUUGUUCAGAAAAGGCUU